GGAACAGCGACAAGUGCGGAGUAAUACACGAUAUAGGGAACCCAAAAUCUUAUUCACAAUGACUAUACCGGAAGCUUUUAAGGAUCAGGAAAUCUUUGUCACAGGCGCCUCGGGCUUUGUGGGCAAGGCCCUGAUCGAAAAGCUAUUGCGCUCCUGUCCAAAACUGGGCCGGAUUUACGUCCUGAUGCGGCCCAAAAAGGGGCACUCUAUUGAGGAGCGUCUGCAACUCCAGUGGGAGUCGAAGCUAUAUGAACGCCUGCGGAGGGAACAGCCCAAUGCCCGAUCCAAAUUGGUGGCUAUAGCCGGCGAUGUGGAGCAGUUGGGCCUGGGAAUAAGUAAGGCUGAUCUCGAGCGGCUACGUAAUGUGAACAUUGUCUAUCACUCGGCAGCCAGUGUGCGUUUCGAUGAUGCCUUGAGCACAGCCAUCCUUAUGAACACCCGUGGCACCCACGAACUGGUCAAGUUGGCUUUGGAGUGGCGCAAACUCAAGGCCUUUGUUCAUGUCUCCACCACGUACUCGAAUCCGGGAGUUCUGGAAGUGGAGGAACGUGUCUAUCCACCUCUGGCCGAUUGGCGUACCACCAUCAAAUUGGCGGAGACCUAUGACGAGGAGAUUCUAAACAUCUUUAAUCUCAAGUACGGAAACUUCCAGCCCAAUACGUACACCUUCACCAAAAGUUUGGCCGAGCAGGUGGUCAAUGAAUACAGGGAUAAGCUGCCCAUCUUUAUCUUUAGACCAUCGAUUGUGGUCUCUACAAUUGAGGAACCCGUGCCCGGCUGGGCGGACAACUUUAAUGGACCCACGGGUCUUUUGGUGGCCUGCGGAGUGGGUAUUCUCCGCUCCCAAAACUGUGAUCCAAAUAUUGUGGCCGAUUUCGUGCCCGCCGAUAUUGUGGCCCGCACAUUGAUCACUGGGGUGUACAAAUUCAUUGGCGAAUCGAAAUCAAGGGAUAAGGAUAGCGAAUUGUACGUCAUUAACUGUGCCACGGCGAAUAUAUCGCCGAUUACCAUGGGCGAGGUGAUCGAGAUCGGGAAGACGUUUAUAAGGAAGAAUCCCUUCGAGAAGACCCUUUGGCUGCCAGGUGGUGGGAUGACAACCUGUCCGGUUCUUCACUUCGUACGGUUCUGCACCAUGCAUCUUCUGAUGGCCGUCGUUGUGGACAGUUUGCUCCGUCUCUAUAAUGAAAAGCCUUUCUUGAUGAAGCUGCAACGACGUAUUUUCGCCGCCUUCAGUGCUUUGCAAGUGUUUGCAAUGACCGAGUGGCAUUUUCAGAAUAACAAUUUCCGGGCAUUGCACGAUAUAGUUCCGGCCAAUGAAAUCUCGACCUUUGGCUUCAUGCAGCACGCAAAUAUCAACUAUACGGAAUUUUUCCAGCACGGAAUUCGGGGUGCCAAGGAGUUCCUUUUGAAGGAGAGUCCCGAAAGCAGCAGUGCGGCCCGAUUCCGCGUUAAGAUCUUCUACGUCCUCGACUUUUUAUGCCGAGGCAUCGUCUAUAGCUUUCUGCUGCGCCUGAUAUUCCGAUUUUUAGUCAGCCUGUGGUAGCAAAGUCUUUGAGACAUUAAAAACAGUUAAAUAUUAUGGCAUUGGUAAAAUUCUGUUUACUUAAGCAAUUUAUUUGUUAAGUGAUGACUUGCAUUUACAAUAAAACUUAAAUCAGAAUUUUAUAAAUUUA